UGAUACCUCCCUUUAGCUUCAGAAUCUUCAGUCAUCUUUGAAAGCUGCCAUUUGAAUAAUAAACAAACAGAUGGGAAAUAAUGUUGAAUAGUAACAUCUAAGAAGAGGGUUUGUUUUUAUCUGUUCAAGAUAUGUGGUAUAAUGGAAUAAAUAAGGGAUUAGGAUAUUUAGUUUUCUUCUUUGUUGGUCUUACAACUCCUGCCUCUUCCUUUCAUUGGGCUUCAGUUUCCCUAUCUAUAAAAUGAAAGUGGAACCAGUCUCUUGCAAGAUUAACUAAGAUUCGGCCAUAAUUCAGACUUAACUUUUGAAUUCUGUUAGAUAUGCAGUAUGUAAAUGGUUAGAUGUAGAAUUUUGUUCAUCUACUUUUUUCUACAUUACAAAGCUAGUAUUAGGAAGUAAAAAUGUUACUGGUUUCUUUUCUUUUCUGUCCUUCCCAUUCAUAAAUUAUAGGAAUCCCUUUAAUCUUUUAAAAUUAUUUUUCCUGGGAUGCCCGGGUGGCUCAGUUGGUUAAGCAGCUGUCUUCAGUUCAGGUCAUGACCCCAGGGCCCUUGGAUUGAGUCCCCCAUCGGGGCUCCUUGCUCAGCGGGGAGUCUACUUCUCCCUCUGCCUGCCACUCCCCCUGCUUGUGCUCUAUCUCUUUCUGACAAAUAAAAUCUUUUUUUUUAAAGAUUUUACUUAUUUAUUUGAUAGAGAGAGACAGCGAGAGAGGGAACACAAAUAAAUAAAAUCUUUAAAAGUAAAAUUCUUUUUCUUAUAUGCAAUUGUUUUUAACAAUCUUACUGGGACCCCCAGUUAAGAUUUACAGUUUGUCUUUUGCAUUCACGUGGCAAAUGAGAUGUAUGUUCAUGUUCUAUUUCCCCUUCCUCCCAGUAGAACCUAUAAAGGACUUAAAAAAAAAAAAAAAAAAACCUGUGGGACUGAGGAUGCUGAAGAAUGUGACUCUAUAUCCAAAGAUUAAGAUUUACCCAUCUUUGGGAUGCCUGGGUGGCUCAGUUGGUUAAGCGUCUGCCUUCGGCUCAGGUCAUGAUCCCAGGGUCCUGGGAUCGAGUCCCGCAUGGGGCUCCUUGCUCGGCAAGGAGUCUCCCUCUCCCUCUGCCUGUUGUUCCCCCUGCUUGUGCUUUCUCUCUCUCUCUCUCUGACAAAUAAAUAAAAUCUUAAAAAAAAAAAAAAAAAAAGAUUUACCCAUCUUCUUAAGCUAUGUUAAAGAUUUGUUCCCAGGCUUAUGGGUAUAUCAAAGAUUAUUACUAAGACCUGCCCUUAGGGGUGCCUGGGUGGCUCAGUCGUUUAAGCGGCUGCCUUUGGCUCAGGUCAUGAUGCCAGGUUCUGGGAUUGAGCCCUGCAUUGGGCUUCCUGUUCAAUGGGCAGCCUGCUUCUCCCUCUCCACCACUUGUGCUUUCUCACAUGUGCUCUCUCUCUCUCUCAAAUAAAUAAAUAAAAUACACACACAAAAAAAGACCUGCCCUUAAAAAUCAAGGGCAUUGCUUCAGUCUUGAUCUGGGAGCCAGACUAACAGCUUCCCGUAUCAUCUUUCCUCCAAAAGUUGGUGCAAUAAAGCAAAGAUGCUUACUACAUGUACUCUAUUAUAUGCAGGUACUGAGUUUUAGAUAUACCUGUAUCCUUCAGGGAGACAGAGAGCUGCCCUUUGAAUGAGUGUUCCAAAUUGAAUAGCUUUUUGCUGGUAGACUUUCCCCUUGUUCAGGUUUUCCCCCUCAUUCUUUUUAUAGUCACUUUACUAAAAUUAUAAGAGCUGCAUUAAGUUCCACAGGGGCUGAGAAGAAAAUCUCUGUUAAUUUCUUAGAGGAGUGGGAAAACUGGUUGAUAUGUUUGUAUUGGGGUGAGGUAUUUGGUGGCAGUGGCAGAACAUGUAUUUUUAGGCAGACAAAGAAAGCAUAGCCUUUUCUUACCUAAAUCAUUGGUUACUUUCUCUUUAGGUCCUACUUUGUAAGAUGGCCCUAAUGGUCUCUAUCGGUUGGAAAAACCCUGUAGUAACUGUGGUAGCAAUAUUUACCAUUCAGUUAUAUGUCUGCCAAGUGACAGAUUCCACUCCCACCCCAAGAAGGGUCUCCUCUUUUUUCUGGAACACUGCUAUAAAAUGUGCUUGGCCUUAAGUUAUUCCCAAGGCUAGGCUAGAGAGAAAGGGAGAUUUCAUAGGGUGAAACAUUUUGCACAGUUAAAAAGAAUUUAUCCCUGAAAUCAGUUGGUCUUUAGGUCAUACCACCUUCUCUGAGGAAUUCGCCCUGUGAUUAGUGUUCUAUCUGAAUGGAUAGCUGAAUGUUUGACAUCGUAUGUCAUUAGCAUAUGGCUCAGAUUUGCUGCUGUGUGGCAAGGUUUGAUCAUAUAUAUGCAUGCACGUACUCUGCUAUGUUACUGGUGUGGUUCACCAUCAGGGAGGCCUAGCACAAGAUUGCUUAAAAUCUUAGGAGUUUUAAGGGAAUGAAGCAGGAGGCUUACUUUAAAGAUUUAAGCUUUUGGCUGGGGGCAGGGGAUGAUAUUUCUAACCUUUGUGCUUUCUAAAAGGAUUUUGCAGACCUAGUUUUCUUUGCCUACAUUCUUUCAAACUAGUGUGUAUAACCAGAGCAUGGAAAUUAAGGGCCAGAAUUAAAGUGAACCCUGCAAAAUAACUCAGAGCUCCACGUUUUAAUUUUCUCAGAAGAAUUUGCCUUGUCAUUGUUUAUUAUAAUGACAAAAAGCAGGGAAUCCCAGUCUUACCCUCCCCCCCAAAGUACAUGUAUAACAUGAAGUUUUUGUUUUGUCUUUUCCUUGUACCAAAUAUUUCAACUCUAAAUUUUCUAAUCCAGAAUAUAGGAAAAUAGAGUAUAGAAUAGCUCUUGAAAGAAAAAGCAGAAAAAACUCCAUGUACUAGAACUCUUUUAAAUUAGAUGAAAGCCAAGUCUUCUAAAAUGCUGCCUUUUAAUUUUAGGAUCUCAAUUUAAAGAAGACCAGAGGAGUAUUUCCUAUUAAAUGUUCCCAUGGUACUUUUCAGAGAAACAUUCUAGUCAGUAUUGUUAACAAAAGAAAAUAAGUCUAUCAGUUCCCCUUAGAUAACCUUUGGUAAUAAACGAACUCCAUACACGUUGUGACCUUAGCGCCUGAACUUUCUAAUCACAUGACCGGCUUGUAAACUGACCUGUGAGGAAGACUGUCGUAGUCCCAGCCAAGAGAGAAAUUGGCCAAGUGUCGGAAGGGUGGUCAUCAAGCUGGACUUGUCCCGUAAUCUCUAUUUCUUCAUGGCUGCAAUAGAACUUCUCAACAGACUCCCAGAAGCAUGAAAUGGAGACAUGGGAAGUUUCUGUUCCAGAUGAUCGGGCUGAACAACGAACCUGUCUCAUUUGUGGGGACCGUGCUACAGGCUUGCACUAUGGGAUCAUCUCCUGUGAGGGCUGCAAGGGGUUUUUCAAGCGGAGCAUUUGCAACAAGCGGGUGUAUCGGUGCAGUCGUGACAAGAACUGUGUUAUGUCUCGGAAGCAGAGGAACCGGUGCCAGUACUGCCGCCUGCUCAAGUGCCUCCAGAUGGGGAUGAAUCGGAAGGCAAUCAGAGAAGAUGGCAUGCCUGGAGGCCGAAAUAAGAGCAUUGGGCCCGUCCAGAUAUCAGAGGAAGAGAUCGAAAGGAUCAUGUCUGGGCAGGAAUUUGAGGAAGAGGCCAAUCACUGGAGCAACCAUGGUGACAGCGACCACAGUUCCCCUGGGAACAGGGCUUCAGAGAGCAACCAGCCCUCACCAGGCUCCACACUGUCCUCCAGUAGGUCUGUGGAACUAAAUGGAUUCGUGGCAUUCAGGGAGCAGUACAUGGGGAUGUCUGUGCCUCCACACUAUCAAUACAUACCGCACCUUUUUAGCUAUUCCGCCCACUCGCCACUCCUGCCCCCACAAGCUCGCAGCCUGGAUCCCCAGUCAUACAGUCUGAUUCACCAGCUGGUGUCAGCCGAGGACCUGGAGCCACUGGGCACACCCAUGUUGAUUGAAGAUGGGUAUGCUGUGACUCAGGCAGAGCUGUUUGCCCUGCUUUGCCGCCUGGCUGAUGAGCUGCUCUUUAGGCAGAUUGCCUGGAUCAAGAAACUGCCUUUCUUCUGCGAGCUCUCAAUCAAGGAUUACACGUGCCUCCUGAGCUCUACCUGGCAGGAAUUAAUCCUGCUGUCCUCCCUCACCGUUUAUAGCAAACAGAUCUUUGGGGAGCUGGCUGAUGUCACUGCCAAGUACUCACCCUCUGAUGAAGAACUACACAGAUUUAGUGAUGAAGGGAUGGAGGUGAUCGAGCGGCUCAUCUACCUGUAUCACAAGUUCCAUCAGUUAAAGGUCAGCAAUGAGGAGUAUGCUUGCAUGAAAGCAAUUAACUUCUUAAAUCAAGAUAUCAGGGGUCUGACCAGUGCCUCACAGCUGGAACAGUUGAACAAGCGAUAUUGGUACAUUUGUCAGGAUUUCACUGAAUAUAAAUAUACACAUCAGCCGAACCGCUUUCCUGACCUCAUGAUGUGCUUACCUGAGAUUCGCUAUAUUGCAGGAAAGAUGGUGAAUGUACCCCUGGAGCAGCUGCCCCUCCUCUUUAAGGUGGUACUGCAUUCCUGCAAGACAAGUGUGGGCAAGGAAUGACCUGUUCCCAGCGCCCCUCCUCAGGCCAACCACAGCGCCUUGGGUGGGCAGGACAGGCUCCAGAAGAAAGAGCCAGAGAGACCAAGAUGGAGGCUGUGGAGCAAUGUUUCCAGUUGCCUCCAUAGCAAGAAGAGUUUUUGUUUGUUUGUCUGUUUUUUUAACCUCAUUUUUCUAUAUAUUUAUUUCACGACAGAGUUGAAUGUAUGGCCUUCAACAUGAUGCACAUGCUUUUGUGUGAAUGCAGCCGAUGCAUUUCCUUGCAGUUUACAGAAUGUGAAGAUGUUUAAUGUUAUAGUGUUGUCAUUGUUUAGAGAUAGUUCUUUUGUAUUUUGAGGGAGAGGGUGGGAUGGGGCUGAGAUGAAUAUUUCCAUAAUGUUGACAAAGACGACUACCUCAGUGGAAAGGGAGGGGUGUGACCAUCCCUACUUUUUCCACGUGUUCUCAGCAGACUCCUACAUUAGUCUGUCAGAGAGCAAACUGCCUUUUUCUAGCCACAGAAUUGCCAGGUAAAAGUAAAAGAGCACACCCAUAAAGGGGCAAAGUGGUGUUGGGAGGUUUAUUAAGCAAAGUGGGUGAAACAUUGGAAACAGGGCAGGAGAUGAGGAUUUAGCCAUCUCUUUUCUUUGGAAAGCAUGAUAGUUGGGGGAGUAGGGUACAGUGACCAAAUCUAUGUUAGAUGUCCUCCCUUCAAACAACUCUUCAGGGAGAAGGGUUUCUGUUCUCACACCAUGCUGUGGGCUCCCCCCACCCCCACCGUCCAAACCACCACUAUUAGUUUCUGCCACUGUCAGCUUUUUAUCCAUACAUGGUCCUGGCAGUAAGUUAAUUCUUGGGACUUGUCUACCAGCUCCCUUGGAGCUUGCAGCUACCUAGUGUCUUUACCUGGAUCUACCAAGGUCUACCUUCCUGAGACUCCUUGCCUCUCUCCUAUAAAUUUGACUUCCUAUUGGCCCUUUGAAAAAACAACUGAACAAAAUGUCAUGCUCUGAAUCCUGGUGCCCACUACUGAUUUAUUCUCCUUUCACCUUGCUUUUUUCAAAGGUUAGUGGGACAAAGGCCAGACUGCUAAAAGAAUAAACAAUCUUCCUUUCCCUGUUCCUCCCCUCACCCCAUCCUGUCUCAUUCUCAGGACUGAAUCCAAAACCUGCAGUCUUUCAUACAGUGGGAAAGACCAUUCACCCAUCAGCUGAACAGAAGUUUUGCCCCUUCAUUCUCCUCCCAAGUUCUCCUAAUCUCUCCACAAUGAGACCAGGUUUCCUUAGAACAGAAGGCCCAAGUACCGGAGGAGUGGCCCACCUGCCCGUUAGAUUAUCAGUGGCCUGGCUGACAAAGGCCUGGAGGGCUGGAGUCCAAAGCACCUGGAAGGGGAGGGGGGCCUGAAACUACCUCAUGUUCCUAAGGGCCUGGCUGCCCCCCUCUGCAGAUACAGCCUGGACCUCCUAUUCUUUCACUACCUACCCUACGUAGUUCUGGGAAGUAUUCCUUACCCUCUUGGCUUUGGCCGGUGGCCACACCAUGUCUAUCUUAGAACUCUUUCAGGUGCUUUUCCUUUCUCUGCCUUACUAUAGCAAUUGUCCUUGCCCAUACCCAGGUACCUCCCACAGCCAAUGCAGCAGAUAGACCACUUUAGCUGGGUGCCUCCCUGGGUGGACUUGAGGGGCCUACAGCAUUUUGUUUUGCCUGUUUAGUCAAAGGCCGUUUGCUCUCUUCCAACCCGGCCUAGCAAAUUUACCUAGUGGGCCACCACAUUGUGUGCAUACCAGGUAGUCUGUGUCGGAUUAUAAUUUUUUCUUUUCAGUGAAAUGUUACGGGUACCAGCAGACUGAUGACUUUGUCCCUUGAUGGGUCUAAAACUCAGAGCAUUACUCCUUAAUGCCAUUUCCCCAGCUGCUCUGAGAAAGAAAAAAGAGACAUGUUCCUCAGGAAAAGCUCCAGCCAGAAUGUUUUUCACAUGUUGAUGGGAAGAUUUUUGUGUGUGUAUCUGUUUAUUUCUAAGUUCACAAUAUUUUUGUUUCCCUGAAUUUUUUAUUUAACCAACCAGAUCACAUUCUUUGGCUACAGGUCAGACUCCGAGCUGCUUUCCUCAAGAUAGGGGAGGAGACACAUAUCAGAGUCCCCUUCUCCAAGAUUGCUCCUGUGUGCAGUAUCUUUCUUUGCUUAGACCUCCAUCUGUCAGGUUAUUAUUAUUUUUUGAAAUUGCUUUUCUCUUAAAUUAAGCAUUUUCCUGGUUGUGUUGGGUAUCAAAGGACAUUGUUCUCUGACAGGACAAGAACAUGUCUCUCCAAUAAUGCAGCAUUAAACAGAGCAAGUUGUUAAUUUGUGGAGUGGGGGAAAGGUUCUGCAAGUUGCCAUUGUACAAAUCCAUUUUUACAAAUGUUUGCAGCAGAUUCCACAGAACAAAGAGCCCAUUCUUUGCCAAGAGCCCUGCAGAAUCUCUGAGCCAAGUGGCCGUGUGUUCCAAGCCGGAGCCUGACCUGUGGACAGCCUUUAAUGUCUUCUGCACCCAGUCCUUUUAUGACGUGGGCUUUUUUUAAACAGGGUAAAGUGAAUGUGUUGCAUUGCAAACUCAGGUAUUAUGAGGAGAAGGUAGGAGUGUAGCUAGCAGUGUGGAGACAUUAGGUCAGCCACUAGAUGUAUUUGUGAAUUUGGUUUGAAGGACACAGAGAAAGGUUGGAGGGGGAGGUUUGGUGUGUUUGUUUUUUGCCUUUCUUCCCAUAAUGUUUGGUUAACAGGUAGCCUUUUUGCUAGUGGAAGAAGAAAAAAGUUGUGCAUGUUGUCUCUAAUUCCCCUCUCUUCUGUCCUCUCUCUGAUCCCCUGCUACCAACAGCGCUCACUUUGAGUGAGAGUUUUUCCACCAUAAAAAUAUAACCCUGAAAGCUGUGUGGGAAAGGAGAAUCCUACCUCCUUGCACUGCAUUGAAACACACAGGCUUUUCCUUUCCUUUCCCUUUAAAUGUUUUCUUGACCCAAGACAAAAGUUUGGAAUCUUGGAACUUCACCUACAACUUACGCUCUCUGGCUCCUUUGUAGAAUUUUGGAGUCUUUUACAAGGUUCGGUGGUCUUGCCCUUAGUCUGAAGAAACUCCCCAGAACCUGUCUCAAAGCACUCCACCUGGCUCAGAGGACACCCAGCCCCAUGCUUAACACAUAAUUGAGGUGGGAGAACCUCCAGGGAUAGAAGGCAGCAUGCAGGAACCUCCUUGUCUUGUUCCCCAGAACCAGAGGAUGGAUAGAGGGAAUCUAAGGGUCUCCACAGUGUUGCUGACAGUCACCCGCUCCACAUUGACCUGCCUCUCCCCAGCCACCCCUUUUCAGGGAAUGUGAGUACCUGCCAUGGCCAAUAUGUUACCAGGUCCUUAAAACUGUGGGCUCUCUGAGCUGCCUUGCUCUGCUCCCCAUUUCCUACCUUUGUUUAUUCUUGAUUUCCUGGGGAAUGGGACAGAUGGAGACAGAUGGACAAACCCAGCAUGGGCAACAUCUAAGCCAUGCCCAAGGUUGGCCAAAGUAAGGGGACCCUGGCCUCCCAAGGGCAGGAAGUUGAGCAGUGAUUCCAAGUCUUUAGCUCUGGGCCCCUGGUCUAUGUCUUUUUCCUUGUUGCUUUUUAAAAUUUUGCAAUUAUUUUCAGAAAUCCAGUCUUUUAGAUUCAGCUCUUUUAUUAAACUUUAAAUUUUUCUUUAUUGAUUUUUUAAACAAACAAAAAAAACUAAACAAAAACACCACUGCUCUUACUUUCCCCAGUUUAAUCCAUGAGAAUCCCCUAUAUUCCCCUCUGCCUUUGCAGUUGAUCAUUCCUCCCUUUUUUCUCAGCUUGAAGCAUCUAUGGCCAGUGUCUGUGAAAUGAUGUUUUAUCUGUGUCUCAGGAUGAGAAACGGCAAUCAUUCCACCAGGUGCUGGAAACUGAUGAGCCUCGAGGCAAGGGUUUCUAGGGCCACAGCUCAGGGAUGUGUAUUUAAUUACAGGGUCCCCAGAAACCCCUCUCUUGGCUGCCACAAGCAGCAGCUUCUUUUUUGGGCUUGAGAACUGGACCUGGACUGUUUGUUCAGAGGCAGGAGCCCAGAGAACAUGCCGAGUCGAGGAGCACGCUGGGGCUUCCUUCUUGGCUAGACUUGGGCUACCUUGAAACUUGAAGACUUCUGGCUCUCCUGCGACAUGAGCCACAGUGGCCCUGCCUCUACCAGCUCAUAAAAUGCCUGGUCGCUCUGCCCACUCCAGUGCCCGUCUGGCCUCCCUCUUCUGGGCCUGCAGCCCUAAAUGGAGCACAGCCUGCUCAGGAGUCAGUUGCGGGCUCGAGGGGAAGAUGUGCGUUAGGCCAGAGGUUGCUCCACGCCCAAGAAAAAAGUUGUGUUACUGGUGGGGGCUAGUCUUCCAAAUCCUGGAGCCAGCCCUGCCAGCCAAAGGAUCAUUUUUGCCCUUUGGUGACCACUUUUUUUUUUCUUUCUCUGAAAUGUCUUAUAAUAGGUAAUAAUGUUGUUGACUCAAAUUUCCAUGAAAAAUAAAUAAAUAAAACUACCUCUUGAGUGACAUCCUGAUCGAUUCCUCUCUGAGGAAUCCUGUGGGAAAAGAAAACUUUAGCUCCUGCUCUGUUUACAUGUUUCUGUCGGGAAAGAAACUCUGCCUGCCCUGGGGUGUUGGUGUUUUUGUCUGUGUUGCCAUCCCAGGCUUGCGAUAGGGGCUUGUGGCUGCAUUGUGAUGUCUGGGCCAUGUCUGGGGAGUCCCAGCCACCUGCCCAGCCAUGGACUAGCCACCUCCUUGAAGAGGCCACCAUUUCUUUCCUGUGAGCCAAGGCACAGGGAGCACCACCUCUCACAACCCCACCUUCAGGGGCUGCGGUGGCACAUGAAUCAGUGAGCAUAUCCUUGGGCUACCUAUGCUAGGCCCGCUUGCACCCACAGUCCAGUGUAGGAAUCGCGUAAAUGGGAUGUCUCUGAGCCCUUGUCCCCAAAGGGCCGGCCAAGGGCUGCCCGCCAGCCUGGCUCCAUCAACCCUGCAUGACCAAAUAAUAGUUGGUGGGCUCUGCAGGCUGCCCAGGCCCUCGGCUACCUCCCCCCCUGCCAGCCGGCAAGGGAUGGGCCCUUUGCUGUGAAUUGACUACCUGUGGAAAUGUGACCAAGUAGUGUGAAAUGCAUGUUUAGCGAAUGUUAGGUACUGUAUUUGAACCAAUAAAUGUGAAUCCUUCUGUA